GGGGGGCAGCCCAAAGCCGUCCAAGACGCCGCGAGCCGUACUCCGCGUGAAGAAUGCCCAGCCGCGCCUGGCCAAGCCGGCCGACCCGGGCCCGACGCCGGGCCUCUACAUGGAGAGGUCGCAGAGCCGCAUCAGCCUGUCGGCCUCCUUCGAGGCGCUCGCCAUCUACUUCCCCUGCAUGAACUCUUUCGACGAGGACGAUGGGGUGGACUCGGACGGCAGGAAGCUGAAGGGAGGAAUCCAGCGCAGCACGGAGACGGGUCUGGCCGUGGAGAUGCCGAGCCGCACCGUCCGCCAGGCCAGCCACGAGUCCAUCGAGGACAGCAUGAACAGCUACGGCUCCGAGGGGAACCUCAACUACAGCGGGAUGUGUCUGGCCUCCGACGCCCAGUUCAGCGACUUCCUGGACGGGAUGGGACCGGCCCAGUUCGUCGGGCGACAGACGCUCGCAACGACAUCCAUGGGUGAUGUAGAGAUCGGUCUGAUGGAGAGGAACGGGGGUCUGGAGGUGGAGGUGGUCCAGGCCAGAGGGCUCACCAUGAAACCAGGGUCAAAGGGACCCCCAGCCGCCUACAUCAAAGUUUACCUCCUGGAGAACGGCACCUGUGUGGCCAAAAAGAAGACCAAGUCGGUGAGGAAGUCCCUGGAUCCGCUCUACAACCAGGUCCUGGUCUUCUCGGAGACGCCCCAGGGGAAAGUGGUGCAGGUGAUUGUCUGGGGAAACUACGGCCGGAUGGACCGGAAGUGUUUCAUGGGCGUGGCCCGGAUCCUGCUGGAGGAGCUGGACCUGAGCUCCAUGGUCAUCGGCUGGUACAAGCUGUUCCCGCCCUCGUCCAUGGUGGACCCCACGAUGGCUCCGCUCAUCCGCCACUCGUCCCAGAUGUCUCUGGAGAGCACCAUUCCCUGCUGCGAAAGAUCCUAAGACUCGGGGGCGAGGACUGAACCAUUUACGGACGCUGCAGCUCAGAUUCUGUUGCUAGAGAUUGGUAUGUUUUUAUAUAUCCUGAAGGCCUGCA